AUGGGUUGCGGUGGCUCAAGGCUAGGAGGUGCGGCAGGGGCGAGAGCGGGUGAGGGCAGCGUUGUGCCACUUCCUGAGGGAAUACGUCCGCUUCUACGCCGGAGAUUAGAGGAGAUGAAGAAAAGGAGCCAUGCAAGCGUCUUGAAAGGGAGCCAGACGCAGUCUAAGAAGGAGCUUCUUAGGCACGGCUCCUCUGAGGACGGAGAAGAGGCGGAGGAGAAGGAUGACAGCUUGAAGUUGUCGGCUAAGGUGGCUCCUGCGCCUGAUCACCACGUGGAAGAGAAGAAAGAAGUUAUUUAUGAGAAGGUUUCUUCCGACAAUGAUGUGAAAGAUGGGGUAGAGGUUGUGAAGAAACAAGAUGAGAAAAUUGAUGAUGUCAUCUCUACAAAGAAAGAAGGAAACGAUGAUGGUCGUGAUGUUGACAUCAUUAUACCACAAAAAGAUGGUGAAGACAAAAGAAAGUCGAUGGAAACCGAAAGUGUCAUCAUAGAGCCAAAAGAGCAAAAUGAAGGCAUCGUCAAAAAGGAGAAGAGAGUAAGAAAGGGAAAGGGAAAGGGAAAGAGAUUCGGAAUGGCAUUGCCAAGGAAGUAUUUAGCAAAUGUAACUGCACCGUGCUAUGCAGGUAGAGGAUGCAUGGGUAACAACCCUAAUACUCGUGUGGUGCAAGAAAAAUCGAGCCAGUGA